AAGAGGGUUUGUUACUGAACAAGAAGGCAGAAGACAACACAAGCAUGAGGAAGUCAAUGUAAUUGGAGGUCCUAACCUGUCCCACAAUGCAUUGUCCCAGGGAGCCAUGUUGUCUGGGUCUCCAGUGACCUGGUCACCUCGCCCUCCGUUGGUCUCUAACGUGGGCACCACUCAGAUACCACAACCUGACCACACUAGUGUACGGCCACCAAGGUCCACCACUGGGUCACCACAGCCCAAAGGACCAAAGACCCCUGGGUCAUCAACCAAGACACCAGCCAGGUCAACACGAACUGACCGCUCUUUCAACCUCCAUCAGGCAACCCUAGACCCGUCAUCCCCCAGCCCUUCUCCCUCCACGCCCAACCCAGACCUCUUAUCCUCUCUGUCUCCCUCUCCACCCUCUCUCCAUUCCCUCAGGUCCACAUUCACUCUCUCACCUUCGAGCCUCACAGAGCCAGAGUCACCUCCGUUACCUCCCCGGGCCUCCAGAUUUAUUUACCCCCCUUCACCUCCCAAACACCUGCCUGACAGGUUGUCAUCUCCAAAACCUCUCUCCCUGAAGUCUCGGUCAUCGGCGUCACCAUCAGAACCCUUAUCGUCCACCUUGCCAUACUCUCAGUCACCUAGGAAACAAUUAUCCAGCAGGUCACAAAAUACCAAGUCACCCAGGAACCCUCUCUCUACCGUGUCACCAGGAAGCCCUGUGUCCUACCGGUCACCUCCAAAACCGUUAUCCACCAUGUGGCCAUCAACACCAUCACCGCCAGAUGCUCUGUCCUCGAGGAACGUGUCGAUUCCAUCACAAGAGGAACCCCAGUCAGCCAUGUCAUCCCACCCCUCUCCUUCUCUUUGCCUGAUGAGUGAUCCACCACCACACUCCUCUGACACACUGACAAACUACAGCUCCCAGCAGACACCACGGGUGCUCUCAGGGUCAGGGAUCAGAAAGUCACACAGUCCGGCCCUCUUUCCCAGGAUGCCUGCAACAGAGACAAUUUAG